GCAUUGGAGCCCGAUGUAAAUUAAAUUCAUCUGGGGGGCUUUGGAGGCUGCUCGGCCCUGUUCCGGCCUGUAGGCUGGGCCCAGUUCACGCCGGCCCCCGUGUGUAUACCCUGGGGGCAUCAGAAACAGUUUUUCUCUCUCUGGACCCUGAUUCUUCACUUCCCCUUUCCACCUCUUGUGGUAAGAAUGGGUUUGAGAAAGGAGAAGUUGGAAAUCUUCUUGGGGCCAGAGCCGUAUCAUCAGGUGUGGGUUGAGGGUGUGAAAGUCAAGGGAGAGGAUAUCAGAGUGAAGAGGAAGGCACAGCGAGGGCCAAUUUGCCUAGCGCUUUCUCCGGGGAGGGGACCGGCCACUCGGACUGUCGAGAGAAGGGAUUUCUAGCAGACGAGAGAAGGGAUUUCUAGCAGCCAGCCGGGUAGCAGCCUCCUGGGCCUCCCCGUCUGUAUUCAGCGGAGGCCGGGGGCGGUGGAGCUAAAGGAGCGAGAUGGCCACAGGCCGCUUUUUCGUCUUCUCCCUGGCCCUGGGCGCCUUGGGCACCCUCUGCGUGCUCUUGACCAUCUACUGGUUGCAGCACUGGCGCGGAGGCUUCAGCUUGGGCCGGUCGGACGCCAUAUUCAACUGGCAUCCCGUCCUGAUGGUAGCGGGGAUGGUGGUGCUCUAUGGGGCAGCAUCGCUAGUGUACCGGCUGCCCCAGUCCUGGGUGGGAUCCAAGCUGCCCUGGAAGCUGCUCCACGCCGCCCUGCACCUGACCGCUUUUGUCCUGGUGGUCCUGGCCCUGUUAGUCGUCUUCACUUAUCACAGGUGGAAGAAAAUCACCAACCUCUACUCACUGCACAGCUGGCUGGGGAUCACCACCGUUUUCCUCUACGCCUGUCAGUGGUUGUUCGGUUUUGCCAUCUUCCUGCUGCCUUGGGCGCCCGUGUGGGUACGCAGCCUACUCAAACCCAUCCACGUGUUCUUCGGGGCCUCCAUUCUCUCCUUGGCCAUAGCCUCCGUGCUCUCUGGCAUCAACGAGAAGCUCUUCUUCUGUCUGAACAACCAGACGCAUUACUCCGGCCUCCCCGUGGAGGCCCGCUUCGCCAACGUGACCGGGAUGUUAGUGGUGGUCUUCGGGCUGCUGGUUCUCUAUGUCCUCCUGGCGUCACCCUGGAAACCACCCGAGCCCGGGGUGCUGUCGGACAGACAGCCCCUGUUGCUCGAAAGGGAGUGAAGCCAGAUGGGCCCCGAGGAGGUGUAACGCGGACCUGUGAUCCCCCCCCAACACAGACGGCGUUCUUUCCUCCGCCAGAGAAUCUCUUCUCCCGCUGCCGGCAACAGCCUGACCGGGGCCUGGACGACCAGGGGGAAAACGGGGAGCGGCAGCAUCCAGCUUCCUCCCGCCCCCCGGGCUUAUCCUGCUCUCUCAGUCUUUCCAUUUGCCACCUGACUGCUUCCCCGGGUCUUUCUACCCCCUUCUCUCCCGAUCGUGCCUUUUCUCAACUCCGUCUUUCUCAGCUGUCUUCUUUACAACUCAGGUGCGGCUUCCUUCUUUGGCUGUCUCCCUCCGGCCUCCUCCCCGCCGCUGUCCCGGACACGCACGCUCCUGUCUCUCGCGCCUCUGCCUCACUCUCCGUCCUCUCCUCCUGCCUUUCAGGCUGGCUUCACCUCUCCACCCCCAGGUGAAGAAGGCUGAAAGACUCAGGGAGACGAGAGGGCGGAACUCAAGCGCGAUUCAUGGUCUCGAAGUGGGGAGGUUGUGGGAAGAAUCCCUUCUCCACUUUCCGUCUCUGCUCCCCUCUCACGGGAGAUGACGUUAGCUCCUUUAACCUCUUGGCCUUACACGUCACGGGGCAAUCCAUUCGUACGUAGAGCGUCCGCGUGUGUCUGUGUACGCGUGUGUGGGCAGGAAAUGUGUCCGUUUAUUGCGGUAUUGUACUCUCCCGAGGGCUUAGUACAGGGCUCUGCACAAAGUAAGUGCUCGAUAAAUAUGAUUGAAUCGAACGAGUGCGUGCGUGCGUGUGUGUAGGUGGAUGGUGUCGAUCUGGGGUGUGAGUGGGAUGAAAGUGACGCUAGAUCUGUCUUGGAACAGGCCAAUAGGGGAAGGGAUAGAAACAAAGAAGCCGCUCAUCCCUCCACUCCAGGCUCUGAGUGCAAUGUUCGCGGUCUGAUCCCCUGCCCUAACUUUUAGCUCCUGCUGCAGCCGGGGCCCGCAUCCGGAUCCUGCCCCGACAUUUCCAGGCCGGUCACUGCCCGGUCAAGCCCAGGGACCCGCUUUGCCUGCUCUGGCAAGGAGGAAUUGACCGACUGGCAGGCCGCCGCCACCCACGGUGACAGAGGAGUAGAAUACUGAUUCUUGCUGAACCUUUUGGGCCUGGGGGACGGAGGGCAGGAGACGAUCCACAGGCAAUAUCUGGCCUGCCGGUCCUUUUCAUCCAGCCAGGCUGCUCACCCGCCACCUCCCCGCCCUGGGGCAGAGGGCUGGUGGAGGGAAUGAGGUCAGGAGUCCCAGCCUGCAGACCUGGGGGUGACCCUCAGGCCAGAGGUUUGGCCAGCCUGCCUGGCCGUGUUCCAUUCGUGUUACCCCUGGCUGUCCAGUUUUCACAGCUCUGAGCCAGCUGGACAACCAUUGCCAAGUACCAGUUCCCUGCCCUGGGCACCAGUGCCAAGUGGAAUUGGGGAUGGGAGGGAUCAGCACUGGCUUCUGAAAAAGCUUCUUCCUGAGUCUCUGGCUCAGCCCCAGGCCUUCUGGGAAGUUCAUUGACCACCCCCUUUUUUUUAUCAAAUCAGUCUUUUCCCUUCACUUUGAGCACUUUCUUCCUCCACCGCUGCACUUUUCCCAUCUCCCCCUCCCCUGGCUGCUGCUCUCAGGUUCUUCUCUCCUACUUGUCCUGUUCAACCCAGCGGGUAUCGUGGGCACAGUAUCUAAUUGGAAGAAAAAUGACCUCUGGAAAAUCUUUUCAGUCGGGUCCCUGGCUCUGGGAUGGACUUUUCCCUGUGCGGGGCCUAGAAACUGUGGAUGAGGCCAACCCCCCCUAACUGUUUUGGGGUGAGUUCGGUUCAGCGUUCAGGGCCUUGCUGGACUGGAGUGCUCAGUCGAGAUCGAUGGGUCCGGCCAGCCUGGAGCGCGUCAGACGUACUGCUGGAUUCAGACUCCUUUGUGUUCUCACAUUACCUAUUCCGGGGAAUGCUUGGUUGCAAAUGUUAUUAAAUGACUUAACUGACACAA